AGGAAUCCCAUUCGAGACAGCGAUCCAUCUUUAAUUGUCGGGGAUUGAUGGUUUCUCUUACCUGCGUUCCCGUUCUCGUCGCCCAUUGGCCAGAGUGGAGGCGAGAGGGACCCGCUAGCUCAGUUCCUUCUCUUGGCGGGGUUUGACUCGCGGCAGGUUUAAGCAUCCAGAAUUGCUGCAUCAUGAUCAUGACUGAAUCUGUUGAUUCUCUAGUUGCUGUUUCCAGCCAGGACCUCUGGACUGAAAUCUGUUCAUCUCUGCCACAUCCAGAUCAGAAUGAAGAGUCCAAUAAUGCAUUUGCAGAUUCCUUUGCAGAUUCUUACAUUCAGGUGAUGGAGAAUCAGAUGGAAGUAACAGGCCCCUCUCUGCAAGUGAAUGAGAAGCCCUGGGUGCCAUUGAAAGAUUCAGAGCUCUACUUGGCCUCUUUAGAGAGAAGAUUAAUGAGAAUAAAGGGUUUGUCUCAGGAAGUGACAUCCAAAGAUAUCCUGCAUACACUUUCUCAGGCUAAGAAAGAAAGUUGGGACAGGUUUCUGCAGGAGAAGUCCGAAUCUGACUUUUAUUUGGAGGGAACAGAUUCUGAUGAGAGUACUUUGGAAUACUUGAAACGUUGGCUACAACCAGAGAAGGUGGCCGUCAGCAGUGAGGAGAUCCAGUAUCUCAUCCCUCUUGGAGCUCCUCCUGAGAAGCAAGAGGCUGGAGAAGAGGAAGAACCUGCGCCUGUAGAACAGUGAACGCACUCGGAUCUCGCUUGCAGUACAGAUGGCUGUUGGCACAUUGGAUGAAAAUACCAAAAGAAGGAUAGAGUUUGUUUGAAAUAGACCUUGUGGAUUUUUUCUCUCCACCAAAGUUUAUAAUGUACAGAUUCUGAUUUAAAGUCAUACGUAAUGAUGCAGAUUUAAAUUAAUUGUGUAUAAUUUGUUAAGACGACAAAACGUGAUAGAAUAACUUAAUUUGGCAAACAGGUUUAAAUCCUCUUCCUUCAAAUGCAGAGAAGAUUUUGUACUUAAAUGAUCAUCUAUGGAAAAAUUCUUAGCAAUACUUUCCUCGCAGAAUAUAAUUCCCUCAUUCACAUCUCCCCUGAUUUACCUCCAGGUAUCUUUUUCCUAACUUGGAAAAAAAAAACCUCCGAAGACCUGUACAUUUUCCCCUGGGAAGUGAAAAAUGUCUGCCAUCAUUUUUUUCUGGUUGAAGCUGAGCCACACCAGUUUUAUCCUUGGGUGGAAUAAGCACCUCCUAGCAAAAACACAAGAAAUGCUGGGUAGAAAAAAAUUGUCCUACUUUGUGUAGCUUUUUUCUGUUAUGGCUAUUUCUUUUUUUUAUCAUUCAUUUCAUCUAAGGAUUGAUACCAUCUUUUCAUUUUUUAUUUUUUGCUUUGGGCUAAUACUUAUCCACACUUUUCUUCCUCUUAUUUCUUUUGCUGCAAAAAGUAAAAGACAAUGCAUAAUGAAGAAAAAAACCCAGAGCUGUCAGUUGAAU